AUGGUUAACUACACUGGUAAAUUUGUCUUGGCUCCUAUGGUCCGGGCCGGUGAAUUGCCAAACAGAUUAUUAGCCUUGAAGCACGGUGCGGAUUUGGUUUGGGGCCCGGAGAUUAUCGAUAAGAAGCUUGUGCAAUGUGAAAGAUUCAACAACACAGAGUUGGGUACCGUGGACUAUUUAUCCAAAACUGGUAACCUAAAAGUUCCCGGCGUCAGCAAUUUGGUUUUUAGGACCGUUCCGAGUUUAGAAGCCGGCAAGUUGAUUUUUCAGAUGGGGACGGCGGACCCUGAGCUUGCGGUGCAAGCAGCCAAGAUCGUCAUAAAUGACGUUGCCGGGAUUGAUGUUAAUGCUGGCUGUCCUAAGCACUUCUCUGUGCAUGCCGGGAUGGGCGCUGCCUUGUUAAAGACCCCCGAGAGGCUCGUCAACAUCUUGACCAGCUUGGUCAACGAGGUUGGGCUAGUGUACAAUAAGCCAAUCAGUGUCAAAAUCAGAGUUUUGGAGGAUGAAAAAUCCACUUUGGAAUUGGUGAACAGAUUAGUAAAAACGGGCAUUUCCAACUUGACUGUUCACUGCCGCCGAAGGGAGAUGAGAAACACCGAGGCUCCUAUCAGAGAGUACAUGCCUGCCAUUAUCGAAAGCUGCCGUGCCUCCAAGGUUAGUUGUAUCAUUAAUGGUAGUGUCAAGAGCUACCAGGACUAUAGAGACAUCCAAAAGACGUACGGGCCUGAUAUCGGUGCCAUGAUCGCCACAUGCGCUGAAACAAACGCCAGCUGCUUCUCUCCUGAGCCUGUCUCCUGGGCAAAGUUGACCAAGGAAUUCGUUGAAAUUGCCACCAAAUACAACAACCACGUGAGUAAUACCAAGUAUUGUCUUACCAGCAUUGUACCAGGGAAAACCAAGUACUACCAGCUCAUUGCUCGUUCCAAGACCCCCGAAGCUAUCGCCGACGUGGUCAAGUCCUUCGACGACGAAGGUAAAAGUGUUGAGCAGGUGGAAGCAAAAGUCGUCACAGUAGAGCCGCUCACCAAACCGGCGAGACACCCGAUUGAGGGAGAAACUUCCACCAAGCGUAAGUUGGAUGCCGAAGCCGAAAUCAGCGCUAAGAAGCAAGCUUGCUGA